AUGCAAUUCACUAUCUCUGAGCUAAAUUAUGCCUUGAACAGUUUCAAACCAAAAAAGGCUCCAGGAGGGGACGGCUUCACGGCUGAUAUCUGCCGAGAGGCCAUUUCCCAAAACCCCGGUAUUUACUUGAGUCUUGCAAAUAAAUGCCUUGAGUUAGGACACUUCCCCAUAAUAUGGAAGGAAGCAGUAGUUGUGGUCCUACGAAAGCCAGGAAGGGAGGAUUACACACAUCCGAAGGCCUACAGACCUUUAGGUCUACUAUCAGUUAUGGGAAAAGUACUGGAGAAGAUGGUUAUAAGAAGGAAAAGCACCAAAGACUCCCUCUAUGACAUGAUGGAUUACAUACGUAGACAGUUACGAAAUAAGAAGAUAGUGACCAUGAUAUCUCUUGACAUAGAGGGAGCAUUCGAUAGUGCUUGGUGGCCAGCAAUUAGAUGUCGGUUGGCUGAGGAAAGAUGCCCCAUAAACAUUACGAAAUUAAUUGACAGUUAUCUCCAGGACAGUAAAGUUAGAGUGAGGUAUGCGGGUAUGGAGCAAACACAAACAACCACAAAGGGGUGCCUACAGGGCUCCAUAGGUAGUCCGGUUCUGUGGAACUUGCUUCUGGACCCUUUGCUUAAAGAGCUGGAGAAAAGGGGUGAUCGGUGUCAAGCGUUUGCCGACGACAACGUCCUGUUGUUUGCGGGUGACACGGCUCUUGAGAUCCAAAGACGUGCGAAUGCCGCUCUUGAACAUUUUCGGAGGUGGGGAAUCCGUAACAAACUCAAAUUCGCGCCACAUAAGACUAAUGCUAUGGUUAUAACUAACAAAUUGAAAUACGAUUCUCCACGUCUCAACAUGAGCGGGAUAGGCAUUGGCAAGUCGGAGGAGAUUAAGGUGCUUGGUGUCACCGCAGACAAGAAACUCACCUUCAACACCCAUGUGAGAAAUGUGAGUAGGAAGGCUACAGCACUCUACGGACAACUAUCGAGAGCUGCAAAGGUUGGUUGGGGCCUUCAACCAGAGAUCAUCAGGACGAUGUACACGGCGGUCGUUGAGCCGGUAGUAUUGUACGCGGUGAGCGUGUGGGCGUCAGCCGCUAAAAUGUUGGGAGUCAGAAAGCAACUAAAUACUGUGCAGAGAGGAUUCGCUCAAAAAAUCAUAAAAGCGUACCGUAAAGGAUUUAAGAGUCCAAGAAGCAGCAUCACUUUUUGA